UAGGGUUUUGGGCCCGCAAGUAUUUGAGCCCAUUUUUUUGUGGCUCAAAAUAAACGGGCACACAAGGGGAUUUUAAAAUCAUAAAGCCGCUAACCGACCUGGAGAAUUGCCAAACAUGGUGACGGACCUCAUUCUUCCUCUGCCAACGGUACUCUUAUCAACAACAAAAACUCCAGUGCUUCACCGUAUCAGAAGAAGAUCGCUCUCUAUCUCCAAGUCCCUUUCUCUUUCCAAUCUCUCCUCCUCUUCAUCCGCCAGGCUUCCUGUACUCUGUCACUCUACCAGUGUUAGCGUCCCCGUCUACGACUCUGAAUUUGCCGGCCGAGUCGGUCAGGAUCGUCUGUUGAAGGUUCCUAUCUCGAACAUCAGAAAUUUCUGUAUAAUAGCGCACAUUGAUCAUGGAAAAUCAACUUUGGCCGAUAAAUUGCUUCAGAUGACGGGUACUGUACAGACUAGAGAUAUGAAGGAGCAGUUUCUUGAUAACAUGGAUCUGGAGAGAGAAAGAGGCAUCACUAUCAAACUACAGGCUGCUCGCAUGCGCUAUAUGUUUCAGAAUGAACCUUAUUGCCUGAAUUUAAUCGAUACUCCUGGUCAUGUGGACUUCUCCUAUGAGGUUUCCCGUUCUCUUGCCGCUUGUGAAGGUGCUCUUCUUGUUGUAGAUGCUUCUCAGGGAGUGGAAGCACAGACAUUGGCUAAUGUUUAUUUGGCUAUGGAGAACAACCUGGAGAUCAUCCCUGUCUUAAACAAAAUAGAUCUUCCCGGAGCUGAACCUGAUCGCGUUGUGCAGGAAAUUGAAGAGGUUAUUGGUUUAGAUUGCAGCAAUGCAAUAUACUGCUCUGCAAAGGAAGGAAUAGGUAUAACUGAAAUUUUGAAUGCAAUUGUUGAAAGGGUUCCGCCACCCCGUAAUACAGCCGAUAUGCCUCUGAGGGCUUUGAUAUUCGAUAGUUAUUAUGAUCCAUAUCGUGGUGUUAUUGUUUAUUUCCGGGUCAUUGAUGGGAAAAUUAAGAAAGGCGACAGAAUUUAUUUCAUGGCCAGUGAAAAGGAUUAUAUCGCUGAUGAAAUUGGAGUUUUGUCUCCCAAUCAAAUGGAGGUGGAAGAAUUAUAUGCGGGUGAGGUAGGAUACCUUUCUGCCUCUAUAAGAGCUGUCGCAGAUGCCAGGGUGGGCGACACUAUUACUCACUAUGGUAGAAAGGCAGAAAACUCACUACCUGGAUAUGAAGAGGCCACUCCAAUGGUUUUCUGUGGCCUGUUUCCAGUUGAUGCAGACCAGUUUGCUGACUUACGGGAUUCCUUGGAAAAACUGCAACUUAAUGAUGCUGCGUUGAAGUUUGAGCCUGAGACAUCAAGUGCAAUGGGCUUUGGCUUUAGAUGUGGUUUUUUAGGUCUUCUCCACAUGGAAAUUGUGCAGGAAAGGCUUGAGAGGGAAUAUAAUCUGAACCUGAUAACAACUGCGCCAAGUGUUGUAUACAGAGUGAACUGUGUAAAUGGCGAUAUUGUUGAGUGCUCAAAUCCAUCUUUACUUCCUGAACCUGGAAAAAGAAGGUCGAUUGAGGAGCCAUUUGUCAAGAUUGAUAUUCUUACACCAAAAGACUACAUUGGUCCACUUAUGGAGCUUGCUCAAGAAAGAAGAGGGGAGUUCAAUGAAAUGAAAUUUAUCACUGAGAUUAGAGCAUCAAUCACUUAUCAAUUACCACUCGCAGAGAUGGUAGGAGAUUUCUUUGACCAGUUGAAAUCCAGAAGUAAGGGUUAUGCUAGCAUGGAAUACACUUUUGUUGGGUACAAGGAAAGUGACCUAAUAAAGCUUGACGUUCAGAUCAAUGGGGAUCCUGUGGAACCGUUAGCCACUAUUGUGCAUAAAGAUAAGUCUUAUUCUGUGGGGAGAGCUUUGACUCGGAAACUGAAGGAGCUUAUACCGCGUCAAAUGUUUAAAGUACCGAUCCAAGCAUGCAUUGGUUCAAAGGUUAUUGCUAGUGAAACUUUGUCUGCCAUAAGGAAGGAUGUUUUGUCAAAGUGCUAUGGUGGGGACAUAACAAGGAAGAAGAAACUGCUUAAAAAACAGGCUGAAGGGAAGAAAAGAAUGAAGGCUAUUGGCAAAGUAGAUGUACCUCAAGAAGCCUUCAUGGCUGUAUUGAAACUUGAAAAGGAGGUAUUAUAAUCUGAAACCCCUUGGUGCUGGUGACAUCCAUGCCAUGUGAAUUUAAUGAUAGCUCUAGUCGAGAAACUGUAAGAGGCUUGGGCAGUUUUGGUCUUUGUUCUGAUAUAAUGCUAUGCGAAAAUGGUUAACAGAUUAUCAAAUGCAAAAAUUAAUUACUUCCA